ACUACAACAGUUCAACACAUUCUAGUCGUUGAUCACAGCGAGCUCAAGGAUGAGUAACAGCGCAAUGGUGGCCGUGGCCAUUUGCUGCAUCUUGGUUCUGCUGGCGGUGUUCAUUGUGAUCAUCAUAGUGGUUGGCCAGCAGUUUGAGGAGCCUAAAUGAGAUAUGCUCCAGCUGGGACCUGGCAACUUCCCAGAUGGAUAACAGAGGCCCCCCAACUGUUAGUUACGGGCAGAUCGCAUUGCCACACAAGCAAAACACACAACACAACAACUAAACACAUAAAAUGAAACCUUAUAAUCCACUGCAAUCCAACACGAGACGAGCGAAUGAAGAAGAUCAACAGAGAGAGAGAGAGAGAGAGAAGAAGAGUCAGCGAUAUCAAGGAAAAGAGAGAGCAAGCAUCCCAUCGUCAGUACCCAUUGGCUGUGAUGUGAAAUUAUUAGCAUAACAAAAAUUAAUAAAAAUAUAAUGAAUAACUUAAAAUUAAAUAAAUGGAAAUUUGGAUCAUUCCUCAUAUGCCGCAAAACAUCUCAAAAAACGUAGUAAAACCCUUUACAAAAAUAUAUGUGUGUUAAUAUUACAAGAAAAUAUAUAUAGAACACAGAUAAGUGUGUAUAUAUACUAACAUAAUAGGUACAUAUGUAUAUAUAUAUGUGUAUUCUAAUGUGUGUAACCCAACCGUCGUAACGUCGCGUUUUUAUACAAGUGUUGUUAAUACAUUUUUAUUGAUGUUUUAUUGAUGUUGCAAAGAAAAAAAAACAAAAA